AUGCCAGUGAAUAUCAGGUCUCCUGCUGGGCCACUGGGGGGAAAUGUGCAGCCGGAGGAGAUGCUUUCUUUUUUGAAUAGCGCCAACUUUUCGCCGUACCAUUCCUCGUCCAGUGCCGACACCGCAUUGCUGGGGUCCGAUGCAAAACUAGCACAGACUGCACUCACACAUGAGAGCUGGAUGUAUGGGCUGGAAGGGCACAACAGGCGUCUGGCCUUCCUAGGUCGUCGCGCACUGAAGACAUAUCUGACGCUUUUGUUUUACGACAUCCUCGCCCACACCAGCAGUGCCAACCCCAUGUCAGAAGCUGAUGCACAGUACCUGCAGAAUAUCCUUUCCUCCCCGCAGGGAAUUGACCAGCUUUUGAGCACGCAUCGACUGGGCGACCACGUCGGCCGCGCAUUAAAACUCGAGAACGUGAUGCGGUGGCAUCCCAUCAUGCGUAUGGACCCAACGACAAGAAGCCAAGAGUCAGGCCUUUUCAAAGUCCGUGGCUCCUGUGUGGAAGCCGUAGUGGGCGCGAUUUUCCAUUAUCGAGGCGCACAGGUGGCGCAGCAGUUUGUCUAUGCGCGCAUCUUGCCUAAUCUCGAACACCUUAUAAAAGAAGCGCCUGCAUCUGUGCAAGAGCGCAUCACAAAAGCGAGGAAUGACGCGAACGACGCGCUCGCCCAUUCGCCGUAG